AGAAACACGGGUCAGUUUCACAAUCGACCUCACACAAAUCCCAAAACAAACUCAUCCUCGAUGACUUUGAUUCUACCUCAAAAUUCAAGUUUCUUACCUUAUCAUUAUCAGUUAUAUCAUUAAAACUGGCCGCGAUAAAUCUGUCUCUAUCAGUUCAUAGUGGUAUCAGUGUGUUAGACGAAGAUGGAAAAUUAAUUUUAGGUGUGGUUAAAAAAUUACCGCGCGGCGCGAUCAGUGUUCGUCGGCACACCUGACGUGCGGGCGUCUCGAGAUUGUCGACAUCGCUCGGCGCGGCACUAGCCCGUUCAAAUUUCGAACUCUCCGAAUUUCGGGACGCCAAUAGCCGCCGCGCGCCGUCUUUAAUCUGUCGUCUUAGUGAUGUGUGUGAUGUAAACUGUUGUUAUCGAUAGACACGGUGAUCGUGACAAACAUGAUGACUAUGGACGUCGGGAUGUAUAACAACCAACAAAACGGGUACGGAAGUGCAGAAUAUUACCAGCAAGGAGCAUCUUACCAGGCACCUUACGAGGGUUACCACGAAGGUUACUACGAACCCCCACCGCACUACUAUGAACCAAUGUUACAUGGACAGACGACACAUGAACCCCCAACGCCAGUGAUAAGUACGGACACAGGAUUAUGCUAUACAAAUUUGGACUAUGGAGAAUUACAGCCAAAUUAUCCAUUGCAUCCGCUGCCUCCUCAUCCUGAGCCUUUUAAACACAGAGAGGAGCCGAGGCCAGAGGAGAUGCAUAUCCACGAGCACAAAUUAGAUAAUCAUUACUUGGAGACGAAAUAUAAUAUGCACUUUGUGGAUGAAUCGUCCAUGCAGUAUACGCAUACGGGUUCUCCUUUGCCAUGUCCAGAAUUCGAGCAUUAUCAGCCUAAGGACGAGUUCCCGGGUCUUCGGGAGGGGUUCCCGCGGGAGGGGGAGUGUGUGGGGCCCCACUCUCAUAUCCCAGGGGGUCACCAGGCCCAUCCGUCGCACGCGGCGGUUCCUACGUAUAAGUGGAUGCAGGUCAAGAGGAACGUACCGAAACCUUCUGCUCCAAAACUGAUGAUUCCGCCGGCCGAAUUCGUCAACCAAGGCGUCCUAGGCAGCCCUCAGGAAGGGCUCCGCACCCCCACAGGCAGCCAGAUGCUCGCCAACCCCCUGCUCAACCUCAACAACACGGGCCGUACAAACUUCACAAACAAACAGCUCACCGAACUCGAAAAAGAAUUCCACUUUAACAAAUACUUAACACGAGCGCGGAGAAUAGAAAUAGCUUCAGCCUUACAGCUAAACGAAACACAGGUCAAGAUCUGGUUUCAGAAUAGACGGAUGAAGCAGAAGAAGAGAAUCAAGGAAGGUCUCAUUGUGGCCCCCGAAGUGACCCCCACGUCGACCCAGCCGCCGCCUGUAGGUUCAAAUGAAAACAGUCGAGAGUCCAGCUAGAGGUGCUGUGACAUGCAAGAUAAACUGUUCAGUGUUUUGUAUUGUUGAUCAGUGAUGUUCGGUUUAGUGUACGUUUGCUUUGCUAGUCAAAUGGGAUUGGUUUUGUUUGGGUUUGUGCGAGUCGCGUGAAAAAUGUUACACUUUUUUGCUACAAUCAUCAGGAUAUAGGUAACAUAAGAAUUAUUUUAUUGUAAAUCUUUAACGGACCAUGUUCGAAAAUUUGUGAAAAUUGUUGACUUCAUAUAUUUUAUUUCAAUUUUUUUUAUAAUAUGUAUACGAUGAAUACCAAAUUUGAUUAAUUUGUGAAAGACUUUCAUUUUAAAAUGGACUUUUUACGAAUCAUUCGCUUUCAAUCUUACGCUAGGACUACAACUGUGUUUAAGUAGAAGAUCUGGGAAAAUAUCAACCAGUUUCGUUAGUACAAAGUACUAUCGAAAAUAGGCGUCUUGAUUGUGGUGCCUACUCUUUCCUAAACUGAAUUUAAUAGCUUUCUACGAACUAUUAAAAAAUCCAUUCAUUUAUCUCCGCUAUAUUUUCACGCCGACUCACCGCUUUAUUAGUUCAUUAAACGAUAUUUCAUAUGUCAUACAAGUAAAACAUAACUGAGUCUCAUUUAAAAAGGCUUCCAAACGAGGCAACUCUUAUUGAAACGCUCAUAAAAGAGCUCAUUAUAUUUUUUUUACUUUAUUGAAAAGUUUAAUAAUUUAUGUUAUACCUACGACCUAUAUGACUUUUAUAUAUAUAUCAUGUAAUAUAAACUAUACAUUACAGAAAUAUUUGGUGUGUUACAAAAAAUCGAGUCAGUUAUCAUUAAAAUAUGGUAGGUAUUCUAAAAUGUGUCAAGUUUCAAGUUGUAAUGAUUUUGUAUGAUAUUAGACUGUAGAUUAAGGAUUCAUUGCACAAAUUGAUAAGAUUAAACUGGUACAUUCCAUGUUUAUUAGUUAGGAAAUAUGCUAGAUAUAAUAUCUGAUACAUGCUUUCUGUUGAAAUAGUUUAAUCGUUGAUUGUACAUUAUUAAAUCAAGAAAUAAAUAUAUAGGUACAUAUAUUCGUUUCAAAUUUGAGAAAUAAAAAUGUAUCUAAUAUAGGGUGAGUUGCACCGUAAAAUUGGAUGUUGAUUGAAACCGGCGACCUGCUGACAUUUAGACAAAAUGGCGUACUUGGUAAUUUUUCUACGUACGUUAAAGUUAACGUCAAAGUUGACGGUGUAACCCACCCUUUACGUCAGUCGUGUUUUAACAUAAUCAUAUCGUCUCAUCAGUUUAUAAUUUUUAAAUAUAUUUUUUUGUGUUGCAUUCGUUGCGUCAUGAUCUAUUGAAUCUAUUCUAUGUAAUUAUCUGAUGAUUAUUAAUAUGUUUAUUAAACAGCAGUGUUUACCCUUGAUUCUGCUGAACUGGUCGAAAUUAGAUUUUUCAACAUUGUGUUUAGUUUGAUUUUAGUUUCGAAAGUUACAGUAAAGAUUUCAAUGUUUAAAUAAUGUAGUAUACUUGCGAGGUUUCAUGCCCCGUCCUCGCACGUAAUUGUACAUCACAGCCACAUUACUGAUGCUCCAACGUCUGUGCGUCUCGCCGUCUCGUAAACAACGCCCUUGCUCUUGCUCGCAGCGCUAUGACUUAUAUCACAGUAGUGGGGAGGAAGUGAAUAUAGGCAUACACUGUAAAUAGUUUAUACAAUAAGUACUUAUUCAUAUUUUUGAUUUGAAACAUAUCCAUUCAUGAAACAAAGGACAGUUGCUAUUUGAGCUUGAAUUUUAUUGUUAAUCCGGCUACAGAACUAAAAUAAAUAAACACUGUAAAAUAAAUAAACACUAUUUUCUAAAUUAUAAUUGAUACCAUUACUGUAAUUAUAUCCGUAUGUUUAGUUUUAAUUCAUAUUAUAUUUUUGUAUUUAUUUUAUAAAGUUUUGUUUUAUAGACCAAAGUUCAUUCGCUAAUUUAUUGAAUAGGCACGGCAUGUAAUAAUAAUGGUGUGCACAGACACUCCAGGAACUCAAUUCCCAUAACUGUAAACGUGUCAGUUUGGUGUGGUUAUCGCAUCGCCUAUAUUUGGCUGCGACCGCGCUGUAAUUACUAUCCGUCAAUUUUCUUGAGGAAGAAAUAAUUUUCAAUCAAACAUUCAUAUAAUUGAUAUUACCACACAGAAAAGGUAGGAAAGCGGACUCUGGGCUUCGAUACUUAACGAAGCGAUGAGAUGAGAUUUAUUCUGAAAAGCAAGGUAAACGUGUAUAAGUUUACCACCGACUUGCCACUGGACUGUCUCGUGUAAACGCACCGCAAUAAUGUACAGUUUAGUUGUAUAUAUGCGUGUUAGUUAUGUGUGUACAUUUCUAUAAUAAACUACUACCUAUAACAUUAUCAAUAAAUUAAUUACAUCUAUUUUC